AUGACAGAGACAACCACCAGUGUCUGCUCCAGUGUCUGCUCCAGUGUCUGCUCUAGCGUCUGCUCUAGCGUCUGCUCUAGCGUCUGCUCUAGCGUCUGCUCCAGCGUCUGCUCCAGCGUCUGCUCCAGCGUCUGCUCCAGAUCUGCUCCAGCGUCUGCUCCAGCGUCUGCUCCAGCGUCUGCUCCAGCGUCUGCUCCAGCUCUGCUCCAGCGUCUGCUCCAGCGUCUGCUCCAGCGUCUGCUCCAGCGUCUGCUCUAG